AUGCCAGAAACAUAUAAAAUUAUUAAACCAGAUUCUUUAAUUUUUGAAUUUACUUUAAAUGAUCGACUUUUGAAAAAGUGGAAAAUGGCUAUAAAUGAAUCUAUUCCGUUGUUUUUACAUAAUUCUGAAUCUGUUGAAAAUGGAAAUUUUUAUGUUUGUUUGGAGAAAACAGUGAACAAAAAACAAAGUAAUUAUAUUCUGGAAUUUCCAAUUAUCCCAAAAAAUCUGGAAGAAAUGAUUAUUAGUCGAUGUUGGUUAGAACAGCUUCUUGUUUGUACUUUUGAACGUGCCUGGUUUGAAAAAAUUAUUUUUAAUCCACAAAUGAUUAAUUUAUUAUCUGAUGACAACAACAAAAUUCCAAUUAAAUUUAACAUUCAAAACCCCUUUUUAUCGGCUAGCAAUAAUUCUUUUGAAAAUUUUUUGGAAUUUUCUUUGAAUUAUUUGACAAUUUCUGACUUUCUUAAUAUCGAUUUUUACGAAGUUAACAAUUUAGAGCAACAUGUAGAUAUUUUUUUCAAUCUUUUAAUAAGCGAAGGCAAUAAAUUGUCUAAAGUUCGUUUAUGCAGUUUUACAUUGACAAGUCUUUAUGAUCUUAUUACAGAAGUAAGCGAUUUAUAA